AUAAGUCCAUACUUCCUCAGUUUCUCAAGCUCUCACUGGUAGGGUCACGGGUAGGAGGGCGAAGCUGAGGAACCAGCAGGGUGUCUAGGGCUGUCUGCCCGUCCAGUCUACCCAGACUUCCAGGGUUGCCAAGGCUUCCAGGUGGAAGAGCUACUGGGGGAACGUCCCCCGACCAUGAGUUCUGACCAGUCUAGCGCGGAUCCCGACUCCCCCAUAGCCUUGAGUGUCGCCCGCCAGGUGGCCUGUGCCCUCCUGAGCUUGGCCUUCGCCGUGGGUGUCCCAGGCAACUUGGCCGUGAUAUGGACAGUGUGUCGAAGGAUGAAAGCUCCGCCGCCGACUGUGCUACUGAUUCUCAACCUGGCGGCGGCCGAUUUGCUGGCGCUCCUGACCGUACCCUUCUGGAUCUACGCGCUGGCCGGCGUUUGGAGCCUGGGGCCAGUCGUAUGCCGGACUCUGGUGUGGCUGGUGAACGGAUCCAUGUUCUCCGGCGUCCUGAUCGUCACUCUGCUGAGCUCAGAGCGCCUGGUGGCCUUGGCCCGUCCCUUCCACCUGCAGCGCUGGUGGCACCUGGCCGGGGCGCGCAGGGUGCUGGUGCUGCUGUGGGUCGCCGCCUUACUCCUGGCGGCACCCGCUACGCUCACCGCGGACCCCAGCCACUGCCUGCAGCGCCAGUUCUCCUCGAGCCAGCAGCUGGUGACGCUUCUCCUACUGGAGACAGUGGUGGGCUUUGUGGGGCCCUUCACCAUCAUCGCCGUCUGUUCAGCCUGCGUCCGCAGCCAUUUACGCAAACUGCACCACCCUGGCAGGCGCCGGGCCAGCCGGAUCGUGACCGCUGUGGUGGUUGUCUUCGCCGUGUGCUGGCUGCCCUACCACACGUCCAAUGUUGCAGCCGUGGCCUCUGAGCUGCUGGAAGCCUCGUCUUCUGAACCGGUCACCUGGCUGGACUAUGCGGCCGAUGUGGGUCACAGCAUCUCGGCGCCCCUGGCCUUCUUGGGCAGCUGCAUCAACCCUCUGCUGUACGCUUUCGCCGCCCGUCGGAUCGCCAGGGCAGGGGGCUUGGCUGGCCUUUUCGCCCGAAUGGUCCCCAGUUUUUACUGCGAUGGAGCCCGUCAAGUGGCCAGCCAGAGUUUCGGGGAAAGCGCCUCUGGCCAAGCUUUGGGUUUGAACAGUCCUGACUCUGCUUCCUAAGUGAGGCAGGUCCGAUUUCCACGGACGCCCUCUUCUGCCAUCUCCUCUCUGCCCCUGCUGUGGAGGGGUUGGGGAUAGCUCUAGGCUUUGGACUAUAAAUACCUCACAUUUCCAUAGUGAUUAAAUGUUUAGAUAGGGCUUUCCUCACGACACGCUUAAGAAGGGGCUAGUGCAGGUAUGAUUAUCCCCAUUUUACCGAGGAGAAAACUGAGGCGGAGAGAUUUAAGAGGCUUGAACAAAGUUUCAAGGCCAUUAAGUGUCAAAGCUGGGAUCUGACCUCAGUUUCUUGACUUCAAGUCUAGGCUUUUCCGCAUUAUCCCACCCCGAAGAAAUCCAUAGAAAGGGAGAACUGAGGAGACUGGGAAGAGGAAGGUCAUUAGUCCUAGGCCACCUUCGGGAUGGGAGAAUUCGAUAAGUAGGGUCGGUGACAGAGGAAGAGCACUGCCCUUUCUCAAGAAUAAAAUUCAACAGUUUUUAUUUCA